AUGAGCUCACGCGGUACUCGUGGACGGGGUACUAGAGGCCGAGGUAGAGGCUGUAAAGGGGCUCGAGCUGAUUCCUUAGCAUCUGAUACGAUUCUGAAUUUAGAUACUAGCGAGACACCGAAGCUCAAUGGGGCUGUUUUACUGCUUUGUGAUGAAGCGUAUCAAUGGUGGUUGACAUUUAAAGAGGGCACUCAGCCCAAUCGAUUGACAUGGGAUCUAUUUAAGAUUUUUCGGAGUAAGCAUGUGAGAGCCAACUAUACUGAAGUGAGGCGACGUGAGUUCCUGAAUCUCACCCAGGGUGACUGUUCAGUGGCUGAGUAUGAGGCCGAGUUCCUAAGGCUGAGCCCUCCGCAGAGGGAGCAUAAGUUUACUGUGUUGAUUAAGAAGGCCAAGAUUGCUGAGGAAGUAAAGUGCACUGAGUGCCAAAACCAAAGCAGAGGGAAAGCUAAGAGAGAUGCAGAGCCUUUGAAUUCUGGGUUGAGGCCUAGAAAAAAGGCCAGGUCUGAUGGGCCCGUGAGAGUUGGGCUUACUGUUGUACCUACUGGGAUGAUGAUUUAUCAGUACUGUGAUAGAAUCCAUCUGGGCAAGUGUUGGAGGGCUACGGGAGCUUGUCUUAGAUGUGUGUCUACUGAGCAUCGUGUUAAAGAUUGCCCAUUGAGAUCUAAUCAGAUGCAAGCUCCUGUUAAUGAGACUGUGUAG